AUGUGUAAGGCCACGAGGGAUUUUGGAGUUUCACAGACUAGCACCAUAUAUGGAUCACCAGUCGACACCUGUACCAGAAGAGAUGUUCAGGCUCUGAAGUCCCUCUCAAUAUACUUGGCAGAAAAUGCUUUGACAGUUUCAACGCGGAAUUCUUACGACAGAGCCAAGCUGACUUGCAACGAAUUCUUAUCCAAGUACUUUCCAGGAGCCCCAAUGUUUCCAAUGACAAACGAACAGUUGGUUUUAUUUAUUUCUUAUUGCUAUCAGAAAGAACUUUCGCCUCAGACUGUUACCACAUACAUGUCAGCUUUGGCACAUUUUCACAAAAUGGAGGGUUAUCCUGAUCCAACUCAAAAUUUCAUUCUGAAACGAACAAUUCAAGGAUUUUCGAAACUCAAAGCUAGACCAGAUACUCGUCUUCCCAUUACGCCAAUAAUAUUACAGAGAAUAAUAAACUCGUUACCUAAGUGUACUCAGUCAUUUUAUCAGAGAACUCUUUUUAAGGCGAUGUUUUUAUUAGCAUUCCAUGCAUUCUUAAGGGUGGGAGAAAUCACUUCCCCGACAAAAAACACUUUAAAUUUAUCAGCAGUGUCAUUUGAGAAACAACAGAAUGGUGUACCAGAAUGUAUGACUUUGACCAUGGUUGAUUUUAAGCAUCAUAGAGGAAAACCACCUGUGACAUUUCAUUUAAAUGCCAACAAAGACAAACCAGAAUUAUGUGCAGUUUUGGCAAUGUGGGAAUACAAAGAAUUAAGAGGAGGUAGUGAUGGACCACUUUUCAUGUUUCAGGAUAAGUCACCAGUUUCAAGUCAUUACUUUAAUCAGCAAUUAAAAAUAUCACUUAAUUAUUUAAAUUAUGACACAAAACUUUAUAAAGGACAUUCAUUCCGAUUGGUGCAGCUACGUUAG